CGAUUACCAGUCUCCUUCACGGUUGCUUGCUUGAGCCCCCGGGCCUGCUGGCCACUAGCUUUCACACCUUCUCUCUCUCUCUCUCUCUCUCUCUCUCUCUCUCUCUCUCUCUCUCUCUCUCUCUCUCCUGUUUUUUUGCUUAUUAGAUUACGAUCAUUUGCUUGUGGCCAUAGAGCAAACCUAACUGUAACUACCAAAUUAUAACUAUACGUAUGAUCACAAAUAUAAGCUUGGCCUUCGUCCAAUAGAAGAAUUAAGCACACACUUCUAGCUUUCUCUCUUGUCGCACUUUCAAGUUCCAAGCCAAAGGAUGGAGGCAGCACGGUUGCUUCUGUUGGUGGCCGUGGUGGUCGCGGCCAGUUGCACCACCGGCGCCCUGGCCGCGACGCCCCACCUCAAGGGCCUGCGCGUGCACCUGACGCACGUGGACGCGCACGGCAACUACUCGCGGAUGCAGCUGCUGCAGCGGGCGGCGCGCCGGAGCCAGCACCGUAUGUCCAGGCUCGUGGCGCGGGCCACCGGCGUGCCGAUCGCGUCGAGCAGCAAGGCCGUCGCGUCGGGCGGCGACCUGCAGGUGCCGGUCCACGCCGGCAACGGGGAGUUCCUGAUGGACCUGGCCAUCGGCACGCCGGCGCUGGCGUACUCGGCCAUCGUCGACACCGGCAGCGACCUGGUGUGGACGCAGUGCAAGCCGUGCCUCGACUGUUUCAAGCAGAGCACGCCGGUGUUCGACCCGUCCUCGUCCUCCACCUACGCCACCCUGCCGUGCUCCAGCUCCUUCUGCAGCGACCUGCCCACCUCCACGUGCUCGUCGGCGUCCAAGUGCGGCUACACCUACACCUACGGCGACGCCUCGUCGACGCAGGGCAUCCUGGCCACGGAGACCUUCACGCUGGCCAAGGCAAAGCUCCCCGGCGUCGCGUUCGGCUGCGGUGAUACGAACGAGGGCGACGGGUUCACGCAGGGCGCGGGCCUCGUCGGCCUCGGCCGCGGCCCCCUGUCUCUUGUCUCCCAGCUCGGCCUGGAGAAGUUCUCCUACUGCCUCACCUCCCUCGACGACACCAACAAGAGCCCGCUCCUCCUGGGCUCCGUCGCCAACAUCUCGGAGAGCGCGGCCACCGCACCGGUGCAGACCACCCCGCUGGUCAAGAACCCGAGCCAGCCGUCCUUCUACUACGUGACCCUCACGGGCAUCACCGUCGGGUCGACGGAAAUCACCCUCCCGAGCUCGGCGUUCACGAUCCAGGACGACGGCACGGGCGGCGUCAUCGUGGACUCCGGCACGUCGAUCACGUACCUGGAGGUGCAGGGCUACCGCGCGUUGAAGAAGGCCUUCGCGGCGCAGAUGUCGCUGCCGACGGCCGACGGGUCGGGCAUCGGGCUGGACCUGUGCUUCCAGGCGCCGGCGAAGGGCGUGGACCAGGUGUCGGUGCCGAAGCUGGUGUUCCACUUUGACGGCGGCGCGGACCUGGACCUGCCGGCGGAGAACUACAUGGUGCUGGACUCCGGCUCCGGCGCGCUGUGCCUGACGGUGAUGGGCUCGCGGGGGCUCUCCAUCAUCGGCAACUUCCAGCAGCAGAACUUCCAGUUCGUGUACGACGUUGCUGGGGACAAGCUCUCCUUCGCACCCGUGCAGUGCGCCAAGUUGUGACUUGCGUAAGCGUGUACCUGUUGUACUGUUCGUCAUUCUUAGCCGUACGUGUAUGUAUCUGAUCGUGUUGGUGGCAUCGUAUUCAGGGUGCCCUGAUUUAUAUUUGCUGGAACUGUCGUGGCAUCGAGUGCUCUUGCUUCA